GUUUAUUCGUGAUCCCUGGCGAAAUUUUUUGUGGACUUCUUUCUUGGUUCCCUCUUGAAGAAAUUCAUCUUGCAGUUACAAUCAAUGUUUUAAAUAGCGGGCUAUGGAAAAUAGCGGCGGGCCUCAAAAUCAGCUAUAUCGGGCUAUAGCGGACUAUUUGUGAAGACGACUAUUUAGUGGCACCCUGCUGAAAAGGCUAUAGCGGGCUAUAGCGGAGCUAUAGCCGGCUAUUUAAACUAUGGUUACAAUUCCAGGAUAAUGCCUUGAUGAAACGUGUGAUCCGAUUCCAAACCUGAUCUAUGGAUCCACGCUGCAAAAUUGCCCCUUUUGUCAGAUUAUAUACAUUCUUGUAGAUUAUGCUUUUCCCUCUCCAGCCUAGUAGUAAUUUAGAGAAAAACACCUGCAUUAGUCUGCUGCAAAACUACAUCAUCUGUUUACAUGUUCGGAAUGCAGUGUUUAGAAUUGAAAGAGACAGGGGGAGAUAAGAAGCUGACAACACAUUUGGAAUGCAGAGAUAUUAGAAGGCCUUCCAUGAUAUUUGGCCAGUACCAGUAUCCUUGUAGGGGAUUCUGCUCCCCUGGUUUGCUCUGCUCUGAUGGACAAGCCAAACAGUCAAGAACGCUCUGUAAGAAAAAAAAAAGCGAUGCUUCCAAUUCGAAAAGGAUGGUGGGAUCGAAGGUGGCCAUGGAGCUUCACCUUCUAUCGACUGACGUUCUGCGAGACAUCUUCUCACGGAUAUCACUCAAACAGGCCGUGAGGAUGAGUGUACUAUCUCGUGAGUGGAGGCGGUUAGGGAUAUGCCACCCGGACCUGGUGUUCACCAAAGACACCUUAUUUGGCAGCGAUACAGCCACAAGUACUGACCCGGAAUCCAUGACUGCUGAAUUCAUCACCAGAGUGGACAAUGUGUUACGCCCGCUGUGGUCUACUUCCACCACGACAACUACUACGGUCGAUAGGUUUGUUAUCAAAUUUGGUCUCGGCAGACAUCAAAUGCAUCACAUUGAUAGAUGGAUUAACUUUUGCACCGCGUCAAUGGCCAAGCACAUUGGCCUUGAUCUCAGGGGACGGCACGACUUUGAACAUCCCGAGUACAUUGUCCCUCUGUGCAAACUCAGUGGCCCGAAUGGCUCUUGUGUCAAGUCUCUUCAUAUGGCUGAUGUAUGUUUAAAGCCGCCCCCUAGAUUCUGUGGUAUAACAAACCUGAAGAAACUGAGCCUACAUAGGGUGUCCAUGGAUGCAGGCGACCUCCAAUGUUUGUUGCUAAGUUGUGCUCGUCUCGAGAGUUUAAGCUUGGAUUUCUGCCCCUUGUUAAGUUUUACUAUGCAUCAGCAGCUUUGCCGGUUGAAGUACCUGAGUGUGCGCGAGUGUGCGGUGGGAAUGAUACAGUUGCAGGCUCCAAACCUGACCACAUUUGAGUUCGAUGACUGUCUAACACAAAUUGUUCUCAAUGAAUCUUCAAAGUUGUCAGAAGCAACCUUUGUGUUCAAGAGCAGUUCAUACAACUGGUGUGUGGAUGCCUUCGACUAUAUCUUGACUGAGCUCCCAACUUCUAUUCCUUAUGUGCAUAAACUUCUGCUACAUUUGGUUAUUGGAUAUCAGGUGCAAAAUUUCAGUAAAAGCAACACCAGUUUCAUCAAUCUGUGGCAUCUAAACCUGAAUAUCGAUAUCACAUACGAUCAACUUGAUGCUGACUGGGUUACGGGUUUGGUUUAUCUCUUGGAGUUAGCACCUCUCUUAGAAGAACUGGAACUGCAUAUUGAGUGUGAUAGAUCUAGUGAUGCUGUUCCUGCAAGGAUAGUGAAGGCAGCUCCAGGGCCUCUGCAUCGUCACCUCAGGAGUGCCCACAUUACUGGAUUUUGUGAUCUAAUGGGGAUAGCCGAGCUGGCGCUCUACAUCCUUGGGAAUGCUACUGUGCUCGAGCGUAUGGUAGUUGAUCCAGUGGUACGGAUGGACUAUGGGUACCCAUAUACAGGUCAAUUUUAUUCUGUCAGCAAGGCCGGUAGUAGCCUGGAGCUCGCUCAACCUAGUUUUACUGAGCAGGAGCUACAUGACAGGGAGUUUGCCAGGAAACACUUUGACAGAGAGGAGUUUCUUCACAUCCUCACCAUUUUAUGAAUAACAACACAAGGGCUUAUUCCCUAUUUAAAUGGAUGCUUGAUGGAUCUGUUUCAUUCCAUUACGAAGCUCUCUGAAGCAUGUUAAGGAUCGAUCUGAAGGAAGGCAACGUAUAUGAUCUGAGACAGUGUUUGUCGGUGCUGAAAUCCAGUCAUGUCUAGAGUCUGUGCAAUCUGGGUUAUGCUUUUUCUUUUACAGCAAUCUGGGUUAUGCUUGGGUUCUAUGAUUUGUUCCUUUUUUGGCAUUGGUAGUAUGAACAGAAGCAGGUACUAAUGAACUGAUAUGUGUUACUCUUUUGUAAAUAAAAUCAGGGAACUAUUGUAAUCAUCUCU